CGGAGGAGGGAGGGAGGCAGGGAGGGAGGCGGGCGUAGAGCGGCUCUGAGGGCGCAUGAGCGAGGUGCGCACCAGGCUGCGGGAGCUCCGCGGCCGGCGGGGCAGCCUCCAGCGCCGCAGGAGCGCAGCCCGGGCCGCUCCCGCAGGACUGCCUCUGAAUCAAAAAGAAGAACCAGUCCUGUUGGAUUAAGUUGAACAUUUGUCUCUGAGAGUAAGAACAGAGCCAUGCCAGUGCUUUCAGAGGACUCAGGCUUGCAUGAAACUUUGGCCCUUCUGACAUCUCAGCUAAGACCGGAUUCAAAUCAUAAAGAGGAAAUGGGAUUCCUUAGGGAUGUCUUCAGUGAAAGGAGUCUCAGCUACCUGAUGAAGAUUCAUGAAAAGCUCCGACAUUAUGAAAGACAGAGCCCAACUCCUGUUUUACACAGUGCAGCAGGAUUAGUUGAAGACGUAAUAGAAGAGUUGCAGACAGCACCAGUAAAUAAUGAAGAAAAGGAGCUGCUUCAGCUGUUGUCAACACCACAUCUCAGGGCAAUGCUUGUAGUACAUGACACUGUAGCACAGAAGAACUUUGACCCAGCUCUUCCACCUCUACCUGAUAAUUUUGAUGAUGAUUUUGAUGAGGAAUCAGUGAAAAUUGUCCGGCUAGUGAAAAAUAAAGAACCCUUGGGAGCUACCAUCAGAAGAGAUGAGCACACAGGAGCUGUGAUUGUAGCAAGGAUCAUGAGAGGAGGUGCAGCUGAUCGCAGUGGUCUUGUCCAUGUUGGAGAUGAACUAAGAGAAGUCAAUGGUAUUACUGUGCUUCACAAACGACCAGAAGAAAUAAGUCAGAUUUUGGCUCAGUCUCGAGGGUCAAUAACAUUAAAGAUAAUUCCAGCCAUCAAAGAGGAAGAUCGUCUAAAGGACAGCAAGGUGUUUAUGAGGGCACUGUUCUGCUAUAACCCCAAAGAAGACAGAGCCAUUCCUUGCCAGGAGGCCGGGCUGCCCUUCAAAAGGCGACACGUGCUGGAAGUUGUCAGCCAGGAUGAUCCCACGUGGUGGCAAGCCAAGCGUGUUGGGGAUACCAACCUCAGAGCAGGCCUGAUCCCCUCAAAACAGUUCCAAGAAAGACGACUGACUUACAGGAGAACAACAGGCACUCUGCAGAAUGCCAGAACUCUGAAGAAACCAUUAUAUGAUCAGUCUUCUGACAAAGAAGACUGUGACUGUGAAGGAUAUUUCAAUGGACACUACAUAGCUGGGUUACGCAGGAGCUUUAGGUUAAGUCGUAAAGAGAAGGAAAACAACGUGAAUGAGGGCAAGCAGGCAGAGCAGGCAGAGGGAGCAGAGUUCCUGACAUAUGAGGAGGUCACAAAAUACCAACAGCAGCCUGGUGAGCAGCAGAGGCUGGUGGUUCUCAUUGGUUGUUUGGGGGCCAGGUUAAGUGAGCUCAAGCAGAAAGUUGUGUCAGAGAACCCCCAGGAGUAUGGGGUUGCUGUUCCACAUACAACAAGGUCGAGGAAAAGCCAUGAGAGAGAGGGAGUAGAAUACAAUUUUGUUUCUAAGCAAUCAUUUGAGACAGAUGUGCAGCAAAACAAAUUUGUGGAACACGGAGAAUACAAAGAGAACCUGUAUGGCACAAGUCUGGAGGCAAUCCGCUCUGUGAUGGCCAAAAAGAAGGUUUGUUUGGUGGACGUGGUACCUGAAGCAGUAAAGCACUUGAGGACUCCUGAGUUUAAGCCUUAUGUUAUCUUUGUGAAGCCUCUUAUUUCAGAAAAGAAAAAACAUGUCUUAAAAUCUCACAUGUCAGAAGAAAUCUCAUCCCCUCUUGAUGAAGAACAGCAGGAAAUUCUUAAUUCAGCAGCAUUCAUUGAAGAGCAGUACGGCCAUUUAAUUGACACUGUACUGGUGAAAGAAGAUCUCCAGAGUGCAUGUAAUGAGCUGAAAGCUGUGUUAGAUAAACUAAACAAGGAUUCAUUUUGGGUGCCAGUCAGCUGGGUUAGGUCAUAGCCUGUUACCAUGUUUAAGGGAAAGAUUGUAUAAAAGUGUUCUGUAAAUACGUGAAUUAGAAAAGGGAAGUUAUGUUGAAUUUGCUUCAGAAGUGCUGGUCUUACCUAGAAGGCAAUAAAUAAAGACUGUGUGAGGAAAGACUAAACAAAGUCACAAGCUGCCACUGCCUUUGAGUCAAAAUUUUGAAUAGCAGCUGUCAUUUAAAGUCAAUACUCAGACUAAAUCAGCCAGUCCAAUCUUUUAGUGAUCUUUAGACUGGAAAUAGUGCAUUCUGUUACAGUGACAUUCCACAGAGGGUCCCACACUUCCAAGAUUUGUCCUUUGGCCACAAUUCUAGCCACAGAUUUUGUGGCUGGAGUUAAAACCUCAGAAUGAAGCACCCCUUGGGGACAAGCUCCUUCAGCUGGGUGGAAGUGUUCUCUCUUUGGAGAGUGCUUACACCACGCCAGUCACUCCAAAAUUCACCUGCCUGGGUGGCCAGCAAAAGGAGCUUCCCUUCACACAGAAGCAUUAAUUAUAAAUCCUUCCAGUUGGGCAGUACAAACCAGGCCAGCUCUAGAGGAGGGUUUGUAUGUCCAUCACAUUUCCCAGCACUCCAGGUUGUCUUGCACAGGUCACAGGAUGUGUGCUCAUCCACAGCUUGUGCACACAUCCCAGUCACAAAUGUAAAACAACCUGGGAGUGCACCUGUAUGGCUGGGCAGCUGAUAAAACACAGAUUUUUAUACUGUGGCUCUAAAAGAGGACAGCUAAGCAGCUUUGUUUCUGCAAAACAUCUCUGCCUGUGCUACCUGGUGGGACACAGCCUUGACACCAAUGGAACAGCUCCAAAAAGGGCACUGAAAGGAGGAGCUGCAGGUCAAAAUCAUCAUCCUUCCAGCAUUUAUGACUACUUCUGUUCCAAAUCUGGUAAAGAUUUCCAGAGCAUCUAACUGGCCUGAAGAAGAAAACUGUUAGAGGACUUUGUAUAUAUUUGAGGAGAUUUGAAUAUACAGUAUUUCUGAGUGGGUCUUAGGGAGAUGCAGAGGUGAUUCUGGAAGUAGCUGUGCUUUAUACUUGGGGGAUUUAAGGGUAGAGCAUUGUACAGGUGCAUGUUAGCUGUAACUAGUUCCUGUUUUCACUUGCCUGCUGAGGUUUAAUAUUUCCUGUGUAUUGUGCCCUUUAAACAAGACUUUUUGGUGUACCAGUCUUGUUCCUUAUAUCCUAUCAGUAUAAUGUUAUUCCUGUUCCAUGACACUUAGCAGAACUGAAAGCUUCAUAUUAAAAGCACAUUUCUUACA